AUGAAAUCUGACUGGUACCUCACCGACACGCACCAAGAAAAGCUGUCUUUUUCUGCUGUCGCACCUGUGGAUGUGCAGAUAAGGCAGCUUUCGGUAGUGGUGCGGAGGGAGCGUCAGGGCUGGUUUGCAAAGAAGGAGGCUGUAGACGAAGAGGCGGGCCUAUCAAAGAAUCUGUUGACCCAGAUUGAUGCGGAUUUUCCUCGUGCAAGUUUGACUGGGAUUAUUGGCAGCAGUGGUAGCAGCAAAACUACGCUAUUGAAUGUCUUGUUGCGGCGAAUCAACUCGCCAUCUAUCUCUAGCAUCACCCACGCCUAUGUUACUCAAACCGACAUCCUCCUACCCACCCUUACCGUACGCGAAACCCUUAUGUAUGCGGCUGAUCUUCGUCUUCCGGCUUCAAUUACAAGUAAAAAACGCGCCCAGCUCGUUGAAGAGAUCAUUCUUGAACUUGGACUGAAGGAGUGCGCCAACACUCCCGUCGGGGAUGGAUUUCGCCGCAAAGGGUGCUCAGGUGGGGAACGGAGGCGAGUUAGCCUGGGUGUUCAACUCCUCGGAAACCCGUCCGUACUCUUUCUGGAUGAACCGACGACUGGGCUGGACGCCACCAGUGCAUUUCAAUUAGUGAAGACUCUGCAAAGCAUGGCAAAGAAGGGCAGAACCAUUAUCAUGACGUUGCAUCAACCUCGUUCCGAGGCCUUCUUCAUGCUUGAUAGAGUGACGCUGCUGUCGCAAGGACAUACUCUUUACGCCGGACCUGUUGCAGAUGCUGUCCCGUGGUUCGAAGGUCACUUGAAUCCAAUUAGCCCUCAUGUCAAUCCCGCCGACUACCUCAUUGAUGCUGCAGCGAUCGAUGUCCGGACCUCAGAGAGCGAGGAGGCAGCUCGAGCCCGUGUCAACAGGCUUAUCAGCGCGUGGCAAGAAGAAUCUGUCAAAAAAUACGAAACGGGUUCGAUGUCGACCUUGAUACCUCCGCCUACCCUAUCUGAUUAUCGCAAGGCGCCCAUGUCGCGGACAGUGACAAGUUUCCGAGACCCACUAGGGAUGACAACGUCAUGGAUUGAGGCGGUCUUGAUGGGUGUGGUCGUCGGCUUGGUAUUUUUGCAACUACCAGAUUCGAUAGCGGCGCUAUAUACUGCAGUCGGACUUCAGGGGUAUUUGAUGGUCAUCUAUGAAGUUUAUCGUUUGACCAUCAUAGAACUGCCUGUGUUCGAUAGGGAGCAUGGUGAAGGGAUUGUUGGGGUCUUACCUUGGAUUCUCAGCUACCGCCUUGCUCACGUAUUAUUGGAGGACAUAAUCGUCUCCCUCAUUUUCUCCGCGAUAUCGUAUUUUAUGAUUGGAUUUGCGCCCUCGGUCUCACGAUUCCUCUUCUACUUUGCGAUCAGCCUGCUCAAUCACUAUAUCUCGGUGCUGUUCGCUGGUCUCUCAUCUGCUAUUUCCCGGAAUUUUGCAACUGCAACUCUAAUUGCAAACCUGGCGUACACCGCCUAUACCUUCACUUGUGGCUUUUUUAUACAAGCAAAUUCUAUACCCAUAUAUCUGCGUUGGAUAAAAUGGAUAUCACAGUUGUUCUAUGCAUUUACUGCGCUGGUUAAUAACGAAUUCAAGGAUCGGUUUUUUGACUGUCCGUCUGGCGACGCACGGACAGAUCCCAACUGCAUCACUUACCUUCCACGGCAGGACUGGGCGACUAUUCCGGUCGCUGCUAUGCUUGGCUUUGCCAUUCUCUAUCUCAUCCUUCAGAUCCUUCUCUUGUCCAUGAUCAAAAUCGACAUCACAGUCCUAGGAACCAAACGCGCGGCCGAUGAACCCAAGCAGAAGAAAAUCAAAGUCAUUAGCCGGGAAGCUAACGGGGUGGCAGGCGUAGACAUAGAUCUUAUUGAUUACAAUCUACAGAUCCGCAUACGAGGAGGAAAACGCCUUGAAGUCCUGCAGGGUAUCAAUACUUGCUUCGAAGCAGGCAAGAUCAACGUCAUCCUCGGUCCCUCAGGCAGUGGGAAAUCCUCAUUGCUGAAUUUGAUGGCGCAACGACUCCAGUCCACUUCACGGACGACAUACAUCGCAGAAGGAGAUCUAGCGCUGAACGGCGUUGUUGCAAGCGGGGAUGUUGUACGUGCGCUCUGUUCAUAUGUGAUGCAAGAUGACGCAGCUCUCCUUCCCUAUCGCACCGUUCGGGAGGUGCUCCGAUUCGCUGCUGGGUUGAGACUGCCCGGGUGGAUGUCCAGGGAGGAGAAGAGGCAGAAGGCGGAUGAAGUGAUGCAUAAAAUGGGGUUGAAGGACUGUGCGGAUACGCUGGUUGGGAGUGAGCUUUCCAAAGGCAUCUCAGGUGGGGAGAAGAGAAGGGUCAGUAUUGCUAUCCAGGUGCUUACAGAGCCUCAGGUGUUGAUGCUUGAUGAACCUACAUCAGGACUGGACGCGUUCACGGCUGCAUCAAUCAUGGAUAGCUCAUCCGAGCUGUUCAAGAAUUUUGGCAAUGUACUCCUUUUAACUAAGGGAGGGAGGGUGGCGUACUCAGGGUCUGCCUGUGAUAUGCUCGAUUACAUGGCGACUAUUGGUUUCAAGUUCCCUUCGACAAUGAACCCGGCCGAUUUUGCUCUGGAUGUAGUCUCUGUAGAUUUGCGUGAGGCCGAGAAAGAGGAGCUCAGUCGGGCCAAGGUGGAUAGGCUUGUUGAGGCUUUCCGAGAGCUAGCGCCCAAGGUCGAAGAUCACAAGAAGACAUCAGGUCUUUCUUUGGACUUGAAGAAGCAUGAAAAGAACAUGUCAUCACUUACGACGUCAUUACCUAUACUUCUGAAGCGUGGAUAUCUGGCAUUCAUUCGUCAGAAAGCAGUUCCGGAAGCAAGGUUGGGGAACGUCCUAGGACUUGGGAUCGUUUUGAGUCUCUUCUAUUCUCCGAUUGGGCACAACUAUAUCAGUAUACAGAAUCGUGUUGGCUGUAUCCAGGAGAUCCUUCCUUUGUAUUUUGUCGGAAUGCUGCAGAAUAUCUCUGUCUAUCCUGUUGAAAGGGAUAUUUUCUACAGGGAAUACGAUGACGGAGCUUACUCUAUUGAGUCGUUCUUCAUUGCAUAUGUUCUUUUAGAACUUCCCUGCGAGAUUAUAUCUUGCUUGAUGUUUUCCGUGUUAACGGCUAUCGCGACCGAUCUCCGCCGGACAGUCGGCCUGAUGAGCUUGGAUAUGCCCGAGUUUCUCAAGAGGUUGAACAAACUCUCACCCCUUGGCUACGCGGUGCGAAAUAUAAUGCCAUACGCGUUCCGUGGACAGGUAUUCUCGUGCGACGAUGAUCAGCGGCUUGCCGAUGGCACUUGCGCCGUUAGUUCCGGGGAGCAGGUGUUAGAUAUGUUUGAGUUCGGAGGCAUCAACGCACCACUUAAUCUUGGUGUUAUUGUUGUUGCGAUGGUAUUGUAUCGUCUUCUAGCAUAUGUGGUGCUGAAGUUAUUGAAAGCAAAGUUUAAAAUAGGGAAACGGCACAAGUCGAGGAAGUAG